AUGGGUAUACAUUCAAAUACAGCUAUUUUUGGUAAUGUUGGAAUAAUUGCUAUUGGUGACUUUUAUCAAUGCUCACCUGUAGCAUCUUCAAGUAUUUAUUCUUCUUUACUUUGGUCUGAUCAUUUCGAAUAUGUUGAGCUUAAAAUCAAUGAAAGACAAAAAACAAAUGUUUCAUUUUCACAAAUGCUUAAUCGUAUUCGAAAAAUUAAAAAAAAAGAAGAUAUGAGUAAAGAAGAUCGUGAUGUGCUUGAAAAAUGCCAUCAACGUUAUUUAAACAAAGAAUAUCAUCCAGAAGCAUUACAUCUUUUUGCUAAAAAUGCUCAAGUCGAUGCACAUAACGAGGAAAUGAUAGAGAAGAUUUGUACUAAUAUUCGAACCUUUUAUGAAGUCGAUAGCAAUGAUAAAGAAAUAAAACAAGGCGAUUCUAAACAUUCAAGAAAGAAUAACAAACCUCUAAGACUUGCUAAAAAUGCUCGAGUAAUGAUAACGAAAAAUAUUUCUGUAAACGAUGGAUUAGCAAAUGGUGUAACAGGUCGCAUUAUAGAUUUUGUGAACAAUAAUAAUACAGAGAUCUCUCGAAUAAUAAUUACAUGUGAUUCAACUACAGUUGGACGUCUGCAUCGUAUUAGUUGUCCACAUUGUCAUGGAAAAGAUACAAUUUGUGUAACACGAGAAAGUGACACUAUUGAUCAACAGGAUUCCGAUUUUCGUUCAAGGAAAUCAAUAAAGCAAUUUCCUCUACGUCUUAGUUGGGCGAUGACUGUACAUAAAGCUCAAGGUAUAACAGUUGAUCAAGUUGUAAUUAGUACAAAAGAUUUCUUUGGCACUGGCAUGGGUUACACAGCGUUAUCACGUGUUCGAACUGUAGAAGGUUUAUUCAUUGUUGAUGUACAUGUUAAUAAAUUCUACUGCAAUGAAAAUAUUGACAGAGUUCUUUCUCAAAUGAAAGCUAUGAGAUUGAAAUGUAAUUUUAAUGCAUUUCGGCAGCAUCAUUUAACACGAAAAGCUGAUAUUAUUUGUCUAGCAGAAACUUGGCUAAAACAUAACAAUGAUAUAAACAAAUUAAAACUUGAUGGAUAUAACUUUUUACAAAAAACAAGAUUGACCUCAUUUGAAUCAAGCCAUCCGCUUCAUUCACGAAAAGGUGGUGGUGUUGCAAUAUAUUUUCGAGAAGACAUAUAUUAUAUUCUAAAAACCAAUAGCCUGAAAGAGUUAUCAAAUUUAUUUACUGUAACUGAGCAACUAGCUAGUAUUGGUUUCCAAAUAGUUAACAUAUUAGGAGAUGGUAAUUGUUUUUUCCGUGCAAUUUCGCACCAAUUAUAUAGACACGAACAUGAUCAUUUAAAUAUUCGAUCUGCAACAAUAAAUUAUCUUAUUGAGAACAUGAACAAUUUCGCACCAUUUGUUGAUGAUAUGGAUUCAACCAUUGAAAACUAUAUUGAACGAAUGAGUCGAAAUGGAACAUAUGCUGAUCAUCUAGCAAUAUCAGCUACAGCAGUUAUUCUCAACAAAAAUAUAAUCAUUCAUGAAAUUGGUAAAACACCACUGUUAAUUCCUGGAUCAGAUUUUAUUGAUCAUCAAGUACAUGUUUGUUAUUAUCCUGAUCUUUUACACUAUGAUAGUAUUGUUUGCGUUAAUAAUGAAUCAGCAUUUCUUUCUGCUGAACAAAUUUUAUUUACUUCAUAA